CCAAGCAGAAAUAAUGUUUUAGGCUGCAUUAGUGCUAAUAUUGCUACUUUUGAGCAGAAUUCUUCAGACAGCUUCUCAAAUUUAUAUAAUAUUCUAUUUGCUAUUAUUGUUGUUUUUACAGUAAUUAGCUUUGUGUUAACUCAAACUGGUGCUAUACAAGGUAUUAGUAAAAUUUUUAUUAAUUAUGAUAAAGCAGAAAAUGGUAAAAGCACAAACACUAGUACAUCUCAUAAUAUUAAG